AUGUUCAAGACAGUAGAGUUCCCAACAGGAAUUACCAACUUGGAUCCCACCUUGACCAAGAUGAAUCGAAAGGAUUUCACGCAUUGUUUGACUGACUUCAUUUCUUCCUAUUCAAUGUUCAUGGAAAUGGAAAUAACGGAUAGUGGGCUUGCCUGGUCCACUGGCUCAUCACGUUGCAUUGACGAUGAUGUCUUAUCACUUACUACAUUCAAGACGCUACCAUGA